AUGAAUGCGGCUUCAUCGAAUCGGUUUGGCCAAUUGCCUCGUCUAAUACGGACAUGCAUCCGUCAAGUUCACACGAACCGGCGCCGACACGCAACGACCGGCUUCCAGGGCCCUGACGGCCAUGGCGAAAGGAUCUGGGUGUUUUGCCAUCGGAGAUCUGAACAGAUCAUCUACUCCUUCAACGACAAGUUAGAUGGCGUCCACGACUUGAAGCAACUGCCCUUUAACGGCAAGAAGACGAAACCUGCGAAGCUCCGCAAGGACUACUGGUCACCCAUGGCGAUGAUUAAAUUUCCCCAGGGCGCCAUAGGACGAUCCGUCUUUCAGAAGCUGCGAGAGCUGAAACAUCUACACGAGGUCGCGUGGACGGAUGAGUUCCGAUACAAGCGACCCGACGAGUUUUCGGCGGCCGACAAGAAGAAAGUUGCAGAGGAAAAAGCGAAGGGGGUGGACUACCGUCCUGUUCGCAGCAAGGCGGAGCGAGGAAUCGCGCUGAAUGCACAAAAGAAAAACGCGAUUGCCGACAUGGCCGUCGUCUUGGCCGGGCAGGGAGCCGGUAACAAGGUUGUCGCGAGCGAGUCUGCGGAGGGUGAGAGGCAACUAGCCGACGUCUCGGUCAGUUGGUCGAAUGACUUGGACAAGGGGUACGCAGAGUCGUGGAGCAUCAAUGUCACGCACGGGUUGCUCGAGGAUGCCGCAUACUCGUUCGGCGUAGUGCCGGAAGCGGCGGUGCAGGAAACCAAAGCAGAGGCCUAG